GAAGGCAGCCUCGAUCCUUGCGCGCGUCGCGCCGCGUUCUCCCCUCUCUUCCUUCUUCCACGCAUGACGCGCCGACGCGAGGACUGAACUGCGCUCAAACUUCGACUCCGUGUGACAUCUGCGGUCUCUGCGGGCGUUUCUGCGCUCGCGCCGGCGGCGUCGCUCAACUUUGAGAAGUAUGCGGGUUUGUUGUGAGGGCUGAGGCGGAAUGCGCGCGGCGUUCGGAGGAUUUUCACGCCGUGUUUUCUCUUUGCAGCGUCUGUCGUGACUUCAGCCAAUCCGCCGUGGCCAUCUGAGAUCUCCGGUGUUUUUUUGUUUUUUUUUUUAUCUGCGCGUGCAAUCGGUGCUGCACGAUGUGGAGCUGCGCCUCCAGCAGACUGUUUACCUGUGUGGAAGGAACGCAGCGAGUUCGCGUGUCGUGCCCGUGCGGAGGCUCCACGGACACCCGCCGUGCGUAACGCUGGUCCUCCAUGGAGGACUGCUGGAGGAGCAGCCGCUCAUCGCAAACCCGCACUGUAGGAGAGUGAGUAGCGCUUGAACCGAGAUGAGUCAGGACCAGGACGGGAUCUCCUUCGCCGUGCCUUGCUUUGGCGCUGGUCCCGGCAGAGAGACGCUCAGCGGGGAAAAUGCCAGCGGCGGCGGCGGUGGUGGUGGUGGUGGAUGUGCUGGAGGAGGAGGCGGCGGCGGAGGGGGCUCCUCCGGAAUCCCUGCAGCCGGGACUUUCUGGCAAGACUCGGUGCUCGGAGGCGGGGGUCUGUGCUCGACCUCCGGGAGCUGUCCCAUGGACGGCGGGGGCCUGCUGUCCACCGGCAAGUCCAGCAAAAGCAGGCCGGUGACCGUGGCGUACGUGGUGAACGGAGAGGCGAGCCAGCUGCUGAACGCGGAGAGCAUGGCCCUGCAGUGCCUGAAGGACGCCUGCGACGCGGUGGGCAGCCGGCUGGAGACUGUCAACUUUGGCAAACUGGACUUUGGGGAGACAACAGUGCUGGACAGCUUUUACAACGCCGAUAUCGCCGUGGUGGAGAUGACGGACGCCUUCCGCCAGCCUUCGCUUUUCUACCACCUGGGAGUCAGAGAGAGCUUCAGCAUGGCCAACAACAUCAUCCUGUACUGCGACACCAACUCCGACUCCCUGCAGUCGCUACAGGAAAUAAUUUGCCAGAAGAACACUACGAGCUCGGCCAACUACACCUUCAUCCCGUACAUGGUGACGCCCCACAACAAGGUGUACUGCUGCGAGGGCAGCCUGAUGAAGGGCCUGACGGAGCUGAUGCAGCCCAGCUUCGAGAUGCUGCUGGGGCCCAUCUGCAUGCCGCUGCUCGACCGCUUCAUCCAGCUGCUCAAAGUGUCGCAGGCCAACUCCCAUCAGUAUUUCCGGGAGACGAUUCUGAAUGAGAUCCGUAAAGCCAGAGAGCUGUACACCGGCAUGGAGCUGGCGGCCGAGCUCAACCGAAUCCAGCAGCGGCUGGACAACGUGGAGUGCCUUUCAGUGGACGUGGUCAUCAACCUGCUGCUGACGUACAGAGACAUCCAGGAUUACGAGUCCAUCGUGAAGCUGGUGGAGACUCUGGAGAAGCUCCCGACCUUUGACCCCGUGGCUCAUCCCCAUGUGAAGUUCCACUACGCCUUUGCACUGAAUCGGAGGAACCUGCCCGGCGACAGGCAGAAGGCCCUGGACAUCAUGCUGCCCCUGGUGGAGGGCGAGGAGCAGGUGGCGUCGGACAUCUACUGCCUGGUGGGACGGAUCUACAAGGACACGUUCCUGGAGUCCCACUUCACAGACACCGAGAGCAGAGACAGCGGCACGUUCUGGUUUAAAAAGGGCUUUGAGUCUGAGCCCACGCUGCACUCUGGCAUCAACUAUGCCGUCCUUCUGCUGGCGGCCGGGCACCAGUUCGACACGUCGUUCGAGCUCCGCAAAGUGGGCGUUAAGCUGAGCAGCCUGCUGGGUAAAAAAGGGAGCCUGGACAAGCUGCAGAGUUACUGGGACGUCGGCUUCUUCCUGGGCGCCAGCAUCCUCGCCUGCGACAACACCAGGGUCAUCCAGGCCUCGGAGAAACUCUUCAAGCUCAAAGCCCCCAUCUGGUAUCUGCGCUCGCUGGUGGAGACUUUCUUGAUCUACCAGCACUUUAAAAAGCCCAGCAGCGAGCAGCCCGCGCCCAAGCAAGAUCUGGUUGACUUUUGGAUGGACUUCCUGGUGGAAGCGACCAAAAAGGAUGUUUCCUCAGUUCGAUUUCCUGUGUUGAUAUUGGAGCCCACUAAAGUGUACCAACCUUCAUAUCUGUCCAUAAACAAAGACGUGGAUGACAACACAGUGUCUAUCUGGCAUGUCGCCCCUGAUGAUAAGAAUAAGGGGAUCCAUGAGUGGAACUUCAGCGCCACGUCUGUCCGAGGUGUCAGCAUCUCCAAGUUUGACGAACGCAGUGCCUUCCUCUACGUCCUUCACAACGCCGAGGACUUCCAGAUCUAUUUCUGUACAGAGAUGCACUGCAAAAGAUUCUGUGAUCUGGUCAACAGCAUAACGGAGGAGGCCUGGAAAGGACCCGAGGAGGGAGACUGCGACACUGACGCUUUGGAGUACGACUAUGAGUAUGACGAACAUGGAGAGAGGGUGGUCCUGGGAAAAGGCACGUUCGGGGUCGUGUACGCCGGCCGAGAUCUCAGCAACCAGGUCCGACUGGCCAUUAAGGAAAUACCGGAGAGAGACAGCAGGUACUCACAGCCACUCCACGAGGAGAUCGCUCUGCACAAGCACCUGAAGCACAAGAACAUCGUCCAGUACCUCGGUUCCAUCAGCGAGAACGGCUUCAUCAAGAUCUUCAUGGAGCAGGUGCCUGGAGGGAGUCUGUCCGCACUGCUGAGGUCCAAGUGGGGUCCGCUGAAGAACAACGAGCCCACAAUCGGCUUUUACACGCGGCAGAUCCUGGAGGGGCUGAAAUACCUGCACGACAACCAGAUCGCUCACAGAGACAUCAAGGGGGACAAUGUCCUCAUCAACACCUACAGUGGCGUCCUGAAGAUAUCCGAUUUUGGCACGUCUAAAAGGCUGGCAGGGAUCAACCCGUGCACCGAGACGUUCACAGGCACUUUGCAGUACAUGGCUCCUGAAAUCAUAGACAAGGGUCCUCGGGGAUACGGCAAGCCGGCGGACAUCUGGUCGCUGGGCUGCACCAUCAUCGAGAUGGCCACCGGCAAACCGCCGUUCUACGAACUGGGAGAGCCACAAGCCGCCAUGUUCAAGGUUGGGAUGUUUAAAAUCCACCCAGAGAUUCCUGAGUCCAUGUCGCUGGAGGCCAAAGCGUUUAUCCUGCGCUGUUUUGAGCCUGACCCGGACCGACGGGCCACCGCCUUCGACCUGCUCACCGACGAGUUUCUCACCGUCACCAGCCGCAAGAAGAAGAGCAAGAGCAGCUUCACAGCUCUGACACCAGGGUCAGAGUACCUCCGCAGUAUCUCGCUGCCGGUGCCGGUGGUGGUGGAGGACACCAGCAGCAGCAGCGAGUACGGCUCCGUCUCCCCCGACAACGACCUCAACGCAAACCCCUUCAUUUUCAAACCCAGCGUCAAGUGCUACAGCGAGAGGGAUGUCAAGGGACCAAGGUCCCUCUUCCUCAGUAUUCCAGUGGAGAACUUUGAGGACCACAGCGCUCCGCCGUCUCCCGAUGAGAAGGACUCUGGCUUCUUUAUGCUUCGUAAAGACAGCGAGCGGCGAGCCACGCUGCACCACAUCCUGACCGAGGAUCAGGACAAAGUGGUGGCCAACCUGAUGGAGGCCUUCACACAGGGCUCUGAGGAAAUGAAGCUGAAGCCUCAGCACAUCUCCACCCUUGUGGUGAGUCUGGCUGACUUUGUGCGGAUGGCAGACAGGAAGAUUAUCGCCAACACCCUGUCUCAGCUCAAGCUGGAGCUGGAUUUUGACAGCACCGCCAUCAGUCAGCUGCAGGUCGUGUUGUUCGGCUUCCAGGAUGCUGUGAACAAAGUGCUGCGAAAUCACAACAUCAAGCCUCACUGGAUGUUCGCUCUGGACAACAUCAUCCGCAAAGCCGUGCAGACUGCGAUCACAAUCCUGGUGCCAGAGCUGAGGCCUCACUUCAGCCUGGCCUCCGAGAGCGACCCGGCCGACCAGGAGGACGUGGACGACGACGCCGAGCCGGACAGGAACCCCGCCCACCAGAGCCGAGUGCCUCCGGUGGCCACGCACGACGACACGGUGGUCACCUCGGGAGUGAGCACGCUCAGCUCCACGGUGUCCCACGAGUCGCACAACGCACAGCGCUCCGUCAGCAUGGAGCUGGGCAGGAUGAAGCUGGAGACCAGCAGGCUGCUGGAACAGCUGCUGGAGAGGGAGAGAGAGUAUCAGGCCAUCCUGCAACAAGUGCUGGAGGAGAGAGAGCAAGAGAUCAGACUACUGAGGCUGCGAUCUGAGCCUGCAGAUUCUCCCACAUCUCCCUCGUCGUCCGGCGGCGAGGAGGGAGAGAGGAGUCAACCUCCACAGAGACAUGAAGACUCGGAGCUGACCGGCUGGCUGCGGCUUUACGGUGCUGACCAGGACUCCAUAGACAGGAUACUGAAUGAGGAGUACACACUGAGCAACAUCCUCCACGAUGUGACAAGAGACGACCUGAAGAGUUUAAGACUGAGAGGUGGUGUGUUGUGUAAACUGUGGAAGGCCAUCACUGACUACAGGCAGAAGCCAACCUAAGGCCUUAAGUGGCGACAACCACUCAAAGAAGCCAGGAACUUUGUCCCUCGACAACUCAGCAUCCUCCUCUUUACCUCAGUAUUUAUAAGACAAGGAAGACUUUUCGGAGAUGAAGCUGUGUUCAGGACGUGCACAGAGCAGCGUUCCCCCGACGCAGGAGUCCCCCUGGAGUAUUUUAUAGAUUUGAAACAAAGAUUUUGAAUAUUAGGUCAUUUUGAAAGUAAGAAUUCUUAAAGUGCCACUAGUUUUGUUAUGCCUCAAGGACACAGCUUUUGUUACAAGUGUGUCUGAAAAUUCAAUUUGAUGGGAAAAAUCGAUAAUUGAUUUCUUGAACUAUUUUCCUCCCAUCUUUACAAAGAUGUAAUGUUUACAAAAGUGGAGACUGACCGUUUUCCGACGUAAGCCUGAGAUACAAAAUAUACUACAUUCAGCGUCACCUGUACUAAUAUUUUCAUCAUUGCAUCUUAUCACUACUUUAUUUAAAUUUAUUUUAAUUUAACUGUCAUGGUUAUCUGAAGGAUGUCAAUGCAUGCCUUUUUUUAAAAAAAUAUAUAUUUUAUUUUAUUCAAACUGAAACUUAUUUAAACUGUCAACCCUUUAUGUCCACAUUUUCUUUUUAUAAUGAUCAUUAUAAUUAAAAACAUCAUGUAAAUAUUGUGUUAUAAAAUUCUAUGUGAAUGACAUUUAUGUAACAAGAAGACUUUGUUAAACAUAGUUAACUCUCCUUAAGAUUGGACCAAGUCUAUGAUGAACACAUGUAAUAUUAUUGUAUUUUCUAGUGUCACAAAUCAUUGGAAAUGUUAGUAAUUGAUAUUACAUCAGAUUAUUUGUUUUUAUUGUUGUACACUUACAAUUUGUGUUUAUCUUGCUUGUGUAUAUACAGCCAUUCAAUCAGAUGUAUGUUGUAAGAAAAAAAAAAUCUAAAAUGCAACAAAUUUCA